AUGCAGAAUGUGAUUAACACGGUGAAGGGAAAGGCACUGGAGGUGGCUGAGUACCUGACCCCGGUCCUCAAGGAAUCAAAGUUUAAGGAAACAGGUGUUAUUACCCCAGAAGAGUUUGUGGCAGCUGGAGAUCACUUAGUUCACCACUGUCCAACAUGGCAAUGGGCCUCUGGGGAAGAAUUGAAAGUAAAGGCAUACCUACCAACAGGCAAACAAUUUUUGGUCACCAAAAAUGUGCCAUGUUACAAGCGGUGCAAGCAAAUGGAAUAUUCAGAUGAAUUGGAAGCUAUCAUUGAAGAGGAUGAUGGUGAUGGAGGAUGGGUAGAUACUUAUCAUAACACAGGUAUUACAGGAAUAACUGAAGCAGUUAAGGAGAUUACACUGGAAAGCAAGGAUAGUAUAAAACUCCAAGAUUGUUCAGCAUUAUGUGAGGAGGAGGAAGAGGAAGAUGAAGAAGAAGCUGCAGAUAUGGAAGAAUAUGAAGAGAGUGGAUUGUUGGAAACAGAUGAGGCUACCCUAGACACAAGGAAAAUAGUAGAAGCUUGUAAAGCUAAAACUGAUGCUGGGAAUGAAGAUGCUAUUUUGCAAACCAGAACAUAUGACCUUUAUAUUACGUAUGAUAAAUAUUAUCAGACACCACGACUAUGGUUGUUUGGCUACGAUGAGCAACGGCAGCCUUUAACAGUUGAACACAUGUAUGAAGACAUCAGUCAAGAUCAUGUGAAGAAAACAGUGACCAUUGAAAAUCAUCCUCAUCUCCCACCACCUCCUAUGUGUUCAGUUCACCCAUGCAGGCAUGCUGAGGUGAUGAAGAAAAUCAUUGAGACUGUUGCAGAAGGAGGGGGAGAACUUGGUGUUCAUAUGUAUCUUCUAAUUUUCUUGAAAUUUGUACAAGCUGUCAUUCCAACAAUAGAAUAUGACUACACAAGACACUUCACAAUGUAA